UUACAGUGAGUAUAAAUGUUGCUGCUCAGACACAAAACUUCAGAUUCUGACGAGUCUCUGAACCAAACCAUCUGCCAAGAUGAAGUGGUUACUCAUUGCUCUCGCUUGUGUUCAGCUCUCUGAAUGUAUGAUCAGAAUACCUUUGAUUAAGGGCAAAUCUGCCCGUGAUGUUCUCCAGGAGAAAGGAUUGCUGGAAGACUUCCUGAAGAAACAUCCGUAUGAUCUCUGCUCAAAAUAUCGAGUGCCCUAUUGCAGCCAAGUUCUAGAUACAGCGGAACCAAUGAUUAACUACCUGGACCUGUCAUACUAUGGAGCAAUUAGCAUUGGGAAUCCACCGCAGAGCUUCACCGUCAUCUUUGACACUGGUUCAUCCAAUCUCUGGGUCCCUUCAAUUUACUGCUCUGAACAGUCAUGCACAAAGCAUCACAGAUUCAACCCCAGUGCAUCUUCGACAUAUUAUUCAAAUAACCAGCGUGUAUCUAUCCAGUAUGGUACAGGUGCCAUGGUUGGAAUAUUGGGAUAUGACACUGUCAGGAUUUCAAACAUCAAUAUCCACAAUCAGGAAUUUGGUCUCAGUACUAGUGAGCCUGGUGGAUUCUUUUCCUAUGUCAAGUUUGAUGGAAUUCUGGGCAUGGGCUACCCAUCUCUUGCAGCAUCAGGAGCUACAACUGUAUUUCAGAACUUAAUGUCUCAGAAUCUGGUGGAUGAGCCUCUGUUUUCUGUCUAUCUGACCAGACAAGAUGGGGCAUCCGGAAGUGAAAUUGCUUUUGGGGGAAUUGACACAAACCACUACACUGGUCAAAUUCACUGGGUUCCUGUCACUCGUGAGGCCUACUGGCAAAUCCUCAUUGACCGGGUGACAAUCAAUGGUCAGGUUGUGGCCUGCAGUGGAGGUUGUCCUGCCAUUGUUGAUACUGGCACUUCUCUUCUUGUUGGUCCCAGCACUCCCAUCAACAACAUUCAGCAGUCUAUUGGAGCUACUCCAACUUACUAUGGCCAGUACAACAUAAACUGUAACAAUCUGAACAACAUGCCCGAUGUGGUCUUCACCAUCAAUGGAGUUGACUUCCCUCUUCCUGCGCAAGCCUACGCUUUGCAGCUAAAUUUCGGUAACCAACAAAGCUGCUCCAGUGGAUUUGGCGUUACUGGUGGAAGCCUCUGGAUUCUGGGAGAUGUUUUCAUUGGAGAAUAUUAUUCCAUUUUUGAUGUGGGGAACAACCGUGUGGGCUUGGCUAAGGCUGUUUAAUCCUUUUGCUUAUGUUCUCAUUAAAAACACACCCUGAUUCGCAUUCCUGGGUUAAUGUUCAGUAAUCGCAUGGUUCCCACCACUGCAGUGGUCAUCUGGCUGCACAGUAUAAUGGAGCAAGUAUUCAUCUCUUGAAUGACUAUGAACAACAAUAUGCCUUUGGCAAUUUCCUGUGGAAUAUGUUCAACAAUGCUCCAUGUUAAUUAAUAACAAAUCACUGUUAAUUUAACAAAUAAAUGCCUUGUCAGGGUGAGUUUUUAAAAGAAACUGAUGAAGGACACUGGAUCUGGAUUGGAAAUGAAAACAUUUUGAUUAUCUAACUAUACCCACACUUUGAUUCUGUUUUACUCAUUUCUUUCUCGAUUCUGACGCUCAGCUGUGAGAAAUUCUUGGAGUGAUAAUUCACCUCAGAAACGUGCACAUUUCUGUUGAAGGUGGAUGUCAACUGCAAUGAAAUCUGACUUGGUGUAAAUGUGAUCCUAACAUCCCACAGCUGCCUUUUUCUGUUCUCUGGAAUCUCCUCAUUAUAAUAGCUCCUAAAACUGCUCAAUAAAAUAAAAUCAUGAAACACA